CCGGCGCGAACCACCGCGUCUGCGCCUGGAUGAGCCCUGAAUCGCAGAGAUGUGCCGUCACCCGGACCCCUGAAAGGGUCCAUUGCCAGGGGGUGAGCACGGGGAUCUGAAUUACUAAAAAUCGUGCAUGCGUUCUGCAGCGGGUGCCUUUGAUCCCACACCUCAUAUGGGUGCCAGAAUCCCUUCCUUUCCUCUUUUCUCGUCUUGUUCCCCUUCCAAAAUAUAUCCUACCGCGUAUGCACAUCGCACCCGUAAGGUGACCAGAAUUCUCCAGCCUCAACUGCGGAAAUCUACUAGCGGCGGAGUUACAGCCACGGUCACAGCCACAGGGGCCGCCCUCUUGCUCCAUAAAAUCCGCCGGAAGCGGAACCCGCGCGCGCCGUUCCCGUCCUUCUUAGUUGCCCCCGGGCCGCGACCUCAUCCCGCCGCGAAAGUCGUGUUGAGUUUCCGAACCAUCUACGGCCGCUUGCUUUCUCGUGAUCCCGUCCUCGUUCGGGCCCCGAAUUCACCCAGCCCCGGGGCACAACGUCUCGCUUGGCAUCUCGACAAUUCUAGAUUUCGGAUCUCUUCGUUCCCGCCCCGCCGGACCCCCCUCCGAGGGUCUUGGACCCUUGCUGCUCGGGUGCGACCUACCCUUAAAGUGAAGCUUAUCUGGUCAAAAUUGGAAAUAUCUCGCCGAGUCGCAAUGGACACCGGAUCUUCUGCCGGGGUUGGUGCGGGUCUCUCCGCUGCUGGCGGCGUGGGCGGCGCCAACCUUCCCAUCAAACGAGCGUGUGAUGCUUGUCGUGCCCGUAAGGUACGUUGUCUCAUCCUUCAUUGGCCCAUGUCAUCGUGUCACUCGACACCAUCCAUUGGACGUAGGGCUGACUAUGUUCUUGUAAGAUUCGCUGUGAUAGAGAAGAACCAUGUGCUCACUGCCAGCACGCCGGCAUCGAGUGUAAGAAUACAUCGGGGCUCAAGCCCAAAGAGAAGAGAACCCGCAUCCUCAUCACCCCUCAAUAUGAGAAGAAGAUCGACCUAAUAGACCGCCGCCUCGACGGCGUAGUCCGCCUCCUCGAGGACCUCAAACUCCAGUUCCCCCUCCAAGCACCAUCAGCAGCACCAUCAACAGCCCCAUCCGUCUCGGGAUCAACCGCCACCCCCGGCGGGGGAGCAGG